GUUAGAUAAUCCCGUUAAUAGCACACCCUGGUUUUGUAAGUUUAAAAAUAACGCUCACAGAAAGUUCUAUACUACAAUAACACGAAUGCGUAUUGGUCACUAUCGAUUGAAUUUUCAUCUUCAUCGCAAAAAAAUUGUCUCCUCUCCUUUUUGUGACCAUUGUAAUAAGCAACAAGAUCAGUCUCUGGAUCACAUCUUUUUUGAUUGUUCGUCCUUUGGCAUACAGCGCCUUGUGCUGAUGGAUGAGCUACUGGAAAUAUAUGGUGCACCCAAUAUAAUCCCGCUCUCAGUAAUAGAUCUAUUAAAGGACACAUCAACUUAUAUGUCCUUGUAUAAAUUUGUAUGUAGUACUGUAAAUACAUUGUAAUUUGUAGAUACAUACGUUGUAAAUUUGUUUAUAAUUAUGUAAAUACGUUAUAACUUGUACAUAUACAACUAGUUAUAGCAUAGCGCAAUUCGCGAACUGAACAGAUAAUGUAAAUAGGUAGGUAUUAUUCUAAAAAGUUAUGCAAAUUACACUGGAUUUGACUUUAAGAAAAGGGGAAAAUUAUUAGAGACUAUAUUACUGGAUUUGGACUUACUAAAAGGAAAAUAUGGAAAAUAUUCUUUAGAGAAUUAUACAUUAACGGAAAUGGUAAAAUAACUGAUGACUUUAAGACUGGAUUGGAUUUGAUGAAAGAAACUACUAUAAAUAUUCGCUAUCGAAUAUACAUAAUUGGAAAAGGAAAAUGGAAAUAAUGUAAGAUGAAAUGAGAAAACUGGAUUGGACUUUUUGUAAAACAAAAUAGUGAAAAUAAUAAAUACCAAAGAAAUGAAAAUACUAACGACAAGGCAGUAAGGCCCCUGGCUAUAGCCUGUUCGAAAGAACGAAUUAAUAUAAAAAAAAAAAAAAAAAAAUUGGUUUUGAAAGUUUGAUGUUUAUAAUUAAAAUAAUAAAGAUUUUGUUUUGCACAUGCCCCAUAACCUAACAGGGUUUUUCUUGUAAUCGAGUAAAUUGAAAAACGAUUUAAAUAUUCCUCUUUUAUUGUAUUUUGAUGAGCUAAUGUUCUAAAUUAAUGAAACAAAACAAAAACUAAAAUAAUAUAUAAUAGCUAAUUCAGGGUAUAUCUAAAUAGUUAACACACCAACAACACCCGAGAUAGUAUUUUAAUCAACUUCUGCUGAUUGCUACUUAAUCAGUUGGAUAAUGCAUUUUAUUGUUAACAAUGAUUUGUUAGCACCUGAUGGUGCCGGUUGUGAGCGCUUAGGAUGUCUCACAGGCAUUUCAAAAUCCCCUAAAACUGUUAUUGAGACACCAACGGCUGCUCUUAUGACACAGGGAGGAAGUGUUGUUCAUUUAACUGCUGAUGUGUUAGCCAGAGUGUUUACAGAACCAAAAUUAUUGUGGGUCCCCUUGUCAAAUUCCAUUCAACUUGAAGCAGGUCUUCAAGCUCAAGGCGAAGGUGUUGCUAAGUUUGCGGGUCUCCCAGGACAUGUCAGCUGUGCAACAUUACAGAAUAUAAGUGAAAUAACACCAAAUGGACAUUACGAACUAGACAAAGUACCAGUGUGGACUAAAAAUGGCAAGAAACUCCUGACUGCGGAACGAUAUAUGGAAUUAAUGGAAGUAUUCAAACCAGAUAUUAUUUUGGCGAUUGCAGAUGGACGCACAUCUUUAGAUGAAGGAUCUAAAAGGAUAAGUAAAUCAGUAGACAGAACACAAAAGAUGUUAAAUGUCUGUAUGGAGAAGUACAAAUGUUCCGAAGUCUUAGCGGAUAGUUUAAUAUUAGGUGUAAUUGUUGGUUGCGGUAGUGAGAAAAUGCUUGAGAAGAGUAUAGAGAAUAUUUUCAAAUACAGUGAUAUACUAGCCGGUGUGGCUAUCAGCGGCUUAUCGGAUGGUUCAGAGAGAUCGUUCAAUGCUAGUGAUAAAUUGUCAAUCAUAUUUAAAAAAAUUAGUGAUACUAUACCAAAGAAUUUUUUGAAAGUUCUGGAGGGUUCCUGGAAACCAGAUGUAGUGUUAACAGCUAUUGAGUAUGGCUGGGAUAUAUUUGACGGAUCUCUACCUCUGAAGUUAACCAACUUGGGAUAUGCAUUGAGAUUGCAUUUUGAUAUUAACAAAAAUAAUGAUUCUGUUUACGUGCUAAAUAUGAACUAUGAUCGAUAUAAAGAUGAUUUCAACCCGAUUCUCGAUGGCUGUGAGUGUCUUACUUGCAGGAAACACACACGUGCGUAUAUUCAACAUUUAUUGAAAACAAGGGAAAUGCUAUCCUCGGUUUUAUUGAGCAUUCACAACCUACAUAAUUUCGACCAACUAUUCUGCCACGCACGUCGACAUAUUGCAGCGAAAACAUUUGACUUAUUUAAAAAGUAUAUCCAAGAACAGUGCCAGAAGCUAGAUCCAUUCAUAGUGUAUAAAGAAGAAUCUAUUAAAGAUUUGAAACAGGUUGAUGAACACAAGAAGAAAAUUCGUACAAAUGACAUCGACAAUAUUAAUAGUGAAAAAAUAUUGAAUACGUAAUGGUUUGAUGAAUUCUGUAGGAUUAUGUUUUUUUUUUGUUGUGCUGUUGUUUUUGUUUAUGGUGCUAUAGUACCAAAUAAGGUAUAAGAGAAGGUGAGAACCAAAUGAUUUGACAUAAAUGUUAGACAUGUAAAUAGAAUAAUUGAAGUUAAACCGUUUAAAUGAGUCCAAAUUGAUCAAAUUGGUAAUAACUUUAUAGUGUAUAGUAUAUAGCGAUUAGCGAUUCAGUGGAUGAAAUUGUAAGGUGAGUGUUGUUUAAAUUUACAAGAGCGACAUUUCAAGUCAAUUUCCUAAUAUGCAAAUAUUGGGGUUGAGCAGGUUAUUCAACUGCAUAGUAGAUCCUGUAGAUGAAGCCACAACCUGAGAGUUGAACAAAGCAAACAGAAUUUUAUAGCGAGGCGGUACUCGAACGGUUAGCUCAGUUGGUUAGAGCACCGGCACGGAACGCCGGAGGUCGUGGGUUCGAAUCCCGCAUCGUUCUAAAAGUUUUGUUUUCAAAUUUUAUUUGUGUAUUAAUCCUAGAAGUGUUAUCACUUUAAAAACAUAACACAUUGUAAGGUGAGGAUCAAUCAGUGACCCAAGUGGCUGGUCCAAUGUCACUCCUGCCAAAUGUAUUCAUGGAUACAAUGUCUCACCAACAACCUACACAUCAUCCGAUGGAUAAAGGUCUCAAACUGAAGAUAGUCAAAAGAAGCGAUUUUGCACUAUCGUUCUAACUACCACGCUGCUUUAUCAGCCUAAACAGACACAAGAUCCGAGCAUGAUGAUUGGUGCUAAAGAUUGAAACAAGUUUUAUUUUCAUAUAUGACGUUGAGUCAUGUCAAAUGAGCAUUUCUUCUGUGGAUAAUAUGUUUCAAAAGCAGAUAAAUGACCAAUGACACAAUAGUACCCUGUUCAACAAUGGCAAAGUCGGGAAAAACAAUUCGGAAUGAGGGUGUGCAAGACUAGACGAAGAUGUAAUCGUCCCAAUACACAUGCAUCUUAUAAUAUUUAAAUUUUAGCACAGAAAUCGUAGAAAGCAAAGUUGCAAAAUUGAACGCAAAGAGAGACAGAUCUUAAAAUAGAACCGAAUGACAGCACGAGUGUAACAAUGAAACUGCGAUGACCUGCGACCAUGAAAUAAAUAAAAAUAUAUCUACUUAGGUGCGGAAAAAAGUAAAAUAUGGCGCGAGAAUUGUGGGCAUUAUCUACGCGCAUGCGCUAUACUCAUAUAGCGCAUGCGCGUCGAUAUGAUGAUAUGACUCAUCAUGGAAAUUGCGCAAGUUACACAAAAUACAACGAAAUUUUGUGCUAAUCAUACACUGAAUUUUUACAAAGAGUUUU